AUGGUCUACGUGUCUGUGAUAAAGUUAGUGAAGAAGCUCAAAUCCAGCAGCAAGAAGCCACAUCCAGCCAUAAGAAAGGAAGCCGAGAAGGUUGAAGGACCUGUGACAACUCCGCCUGAUACAAAUGCUGACGCGAACAAAUUCUUCAUACAAUACAACAAUGUGCCCAUGGGUGCCGAGAAAGUUGGGCAUCGAUUAUUCAUCGCAUUACCUCGACGUAGAUAUGGAAUACCAGCCACGUUGAACUACAUAGAUUUGAACGAUCAAAAUGGCCGAUCGCCAGGCCUUGCAUCAAUAACAGUGGAUAUAACAAACAACUGCGCAGACGCAUAUGCCUAUGUCCCGGAUUUGACAACAAAUGGUAUCAUUGUGUAUUCGCUGAGAGAUAACGAUAGCUGGCGAAUCACCCAUAAUUACUUCAAUUUCAACCCACUGUCUGAAAAUUUGAGGGUUUCUGGCGAAUAUUUUCAAUGGAGCGACGGCAUAUUCAGCAUAGCCCUAUCACCAGCCGGUUCUGCAUGCAGAACAGCAUAUUUCCACCCUCUCAUCAGCACACAAGAGUUCUCUAUUUCCACCUGCCUUUUGCAGAAUAAAACUGCGAGAAGCGAUCGUUACUUCUUCGAUAAGUUAAACUACUUAGGCAAGCGAGGUCCAAACAGCCAAUCCACAAUGCAUGACUAUCAUGAGCCAUCGAGAGUUCUGUUCUUCGCUGACAUAGGAAGGGACACCGUCUCGUGUUGGAAUACGCAAAGAAAGUUAGAACCGCAAAAUGUUGCUAUUUUGGCGCAGGAUAGCGAAAGAUUGAGUUAUCCCUCUGAUUUGCAUAUUACGGACAACGAAGUUUGGGUGAUAGCGAAUAAACUACCAAGAUUUGGCUACACUGCACUAGAUACAAAUGAGUAUAACUUUUAUAUUUACAAAGCCAACGUAAGGGACCGUUUAUUAGGUACUGUUUGUGAAUAAACAGUUUUAACAGAGUGA